AGAUAACGUGCGACCGGUACCAAGCAAUAGACUUCCAAAAUAAACAACCAAACUAUACUCAAUAUUUCCUCAACACAACAGUAGUUUCCUUAAAUGCUAGACGACGGCGCCAUCGACAAUGAGUUCCACCGCCGGCCCGAGCCGAGCACCGCCACUCCUCGGGUCCUAACCAUCUUAUCCUAUGUGCUCGAAAAGCUAGUGGCGCGAAACAACCAGUUGCUAGUGUUGGGCCGCCGCGAUGCUGAUAAUGGACUUAUCAGCAACGGGGAAGGCGGCCUAGGACGGGUACUGGGGAAGAAUUUUAAUGCGUUUCAUGGGGUUCGAGCUCCGAGUAUAAGUAUACCGAAGUAUUUGGAGAGAUUAUACAAGUAUACGAAUUGUAGCCCGUCUUGUUUUGUGGUGGGGUAUGUGUAUAUUGACAGAUUGGGGCACAAGUAUCCUGAUUCACUCCUCGUUUCUUUGAAUGUGCAUAGGCUGAUUGUCACCAGUGUCAUGGUUGCUUCCAAAAUGCUCGAUGAUGCACACUACGACAAUGCAUUCUAUGCCCGAAUUGGAGGAAUAAGCAAUGCAGAAUUAAACAAGCUAGAGUUGGAGCUACUUUUCUUACUAGAUUUUGAAGUUAAUGUGAGUUCACGAAUUUUCGAGAGUUAUUGCCAGUAUCUGGAAAAGGAAAUGUUGAGCAAUGGACCAGGCCUCAAGAUUGAAAGGCCAGCUAUUAAUAGCAGUGCUAGUACUGUUGAUGAUGCCACUGAAAUUUCAGUUGAAGAUGCUGACAUUUCUUCACCAUCCCAAUCCCAAAUACUAGAUUGAAUUAUUCACCGAUCAGUGACAGAGCUAUAACUUCUAACGAGAUGAUUCAGUAAAAUGCAAAAAUGUCUACUUGGAAUUCAAUUAAUCCUUCGGACCAUAUAACCUUGCCCCUGUGUUACUCUUUCUAUAUUUGUGUAACUUAUCACACACUUCAAAGGAUAUGAGUUUUUGUGCAUUAGGACAAAUCUGUUGUACCAUGACACGAGUAAUUCAUGUAAUUGGACAUACAAGUUACAAAGAGAGAAGAAAAGUUCAGACCAUUGCUUA